AAGCUGAGUGCAUAUACAGCUUUUCUUCACUUUCUUGAAAACUUAUGCAGUCAACAGUGACCAUGCAUAAAGCAGGAAAAUAUGUGCUUGGCUGAAUCAUGAUGUUAUGAUUUCACUGGAGAUCGAGCAACUAGGGAUGCUCCUCAUAGCAUAUACCUUUCUCCCUCAGAAUGAACGAGAGCCGUCGCUUUAGUUUUCGUUCAGGGACAUUGGUAAGUGGAAGGGUACAUGUAGUCCCAUCCAUGACCGGCGGACCUGCUUUGCAAUAUGAACAUAUAUAGAGAGAAGCAUCGAUCUCACAACACAUUGACACAUCUAGUCAUAUAUACUCAUAUUGUUGGGGAUGAUGCGACACCGAGACAUGGAUGAGUGGAAGCCGGUUAUGGCAAUGCUCGUCUUCAACCUCAUCUCUGCUGUGAUGACAGCGCUAGCGAAGAAGGCGCUGGAGCAAGGGCUCAACGCACUGGUCCUUAUCACUCUUCGCCAGUUGGUGGCCACUCUCUUCCUAGCGCCAAUAGCCUACUUCAAAGAACGGAACACAAGGCCUAAGUUCACGCUAGAGAUCUUUGUGUACCACUUCUUCAGCGCAGCGCUUGGUGCUGCCCUCGCCCAGUACACUUUCUUCUACGGGCUCAAGUUCACAACUGCGACUUUCGCCAUAACAUUUGCCAACAUGGCUCCUGUUCUCACCUUCGUCAUUGCCAUAGCUCUACGGGUGGAGUCGCUCAACAUGAAGAGCAAAGCAGGGUGUGCCAAGAUCCUCGGGACGCUCUUGUCGCUCGGAGGAGUGCUGCUGCUGAGCCUCUACAAGGGUGUGGCCGUGACACACCAGACCAGCGGCACUCCUCCUCCUGCUGCUGCCUCAGCCUCCUCCUCUCAACAAGCAGCUGCAGUACAAGUAGUAGAAGCAGCUGGCAACGACGACAAGAAGAUCUGGAUGCUGGGGACUGUAGCAUUACUGGCAAACUGCCUCUUCUUCUCCCUCUGGUUGCUGCUGCAAAGCAGGCUGACCAAGAAAUACCCGGCGCUCUACUCCAGCACCGCCUUCAUGUUCUUCAUCAGCACGCUGCAGGCAGGAGCGCUGACGGUGACGAUACAGAGACACACAUCGGUGUGGAUCGUCACAAACAAGCUGGAGAUCGUCACAAUAUUGUAUUCAGGAAUCAUGGCGUCUGCAGCAGGCUUCCUGAUAAUGACCUGGUGCGUCCAUAAGAGGGGUCCAGUUUUCACUGCAGCCUUCAUCCCCGUCAUCCAGAUCAUGGUGGCCGUCAUCGAUUUCUUCUUCCUCCAUGAGCAACUAUAUCUUGGCAGUGUUCUAGGAUCCGCGCUCAUGAUAUUUGGGCUCUACCUUCUGCUGUGGGGAAAGAAGGAUGAUGCCGCGGCGGCAUGCUGCACAGAUAGCAAACAUCAAGCAGAUGAUGAAGAGGCCGACAUCAACAAUAAUAAGGAGCAGCUAGUAGUGAAAUCAUAAGGAUGAUUAUUAUUAUAUACUCCCUCUGUCCCUGAAAGCUUCAAUUCCUAGAAUCCGUGCCAGUUAAACUUGUUUAACUUUGACCAACUUUAUAGAAAAGAGUAUCAAUAUGUAUAACAUAAAAUG